UGUAUAUGAGGACUUUUAUUUUUUCAGCAUAAAACACAAUAAAUGUUCUUGCCAAAAAUCCAGUUGUUAACCCCCUAAAAAAAUGAACUUUAUCGUGAACGGCAACGAGCGUUCCCACGGAAUAAUUGAUCAUAACCUGGAACGGAUGACAUUCCGGGGGCAAGGUCAGGUCAAAGGUGACCUCAGUGCACGGGAGGGAAGGUCAGAAGCAAAAAGUGAUUGUGUGUCGAGUGCGCUGGCCUGUCUAACGUGCAGUAUAUGAUAGUGAGCGGCUGGCUGACAGAGAACAAUGUCGAACCCUUGUGACAACCAUUGUUGACGGUAGUAACUCUAUCCUUGCCGGGGGAGAGGGAGACAGUGAAGGAGUGAGGGGAAACAGCCUAGGACUGAGGGAGGAAGCCCUCUGAACUGCUUCAGACGACAGUGUCGGCGGCCAUGCUGGGGGAGGGGAGGGAAGAUGGAGGUGUUGUGUCCGCGCGGCGAAGAUUUUUUGACCGGCAGGAAACGACCGAAAGUAACUUCUCUGGCAUCUCCUGUAUUUCUGGCACACCUGACGACAUUAUUCUCUCUGUGACUCGAGCUCCUCUCGGCUACCGGAGUGGAGGACGACGAAGGUCCUACGAAGAAAUUCCGAAUCGACUUCUGGAGACGGCUCUAUGCUUCGACUCUGAGGUUGACCUUGAAGAGAAGCGCAUGCUAGAUUCCCACAACAUUGACACUCCCCCCUGGCUGUCCCUGCAGUCUUCCUUGGCGGACACCAGAGACAAUGGCCAUCAUGACAUAUUACCUUCAGACAAUCCCAGAGGUCCUGGCAUGGAUGUGGAGGCCGGACACAUUGGGGACCCUGGCCGCCGCUUCAAUCAGGCUCGUCGUUAUGUUGGCCGCCGACUGGGCCACGGCCAUCACAAGCGCCAUCCCUCCCCUAUCCGGCGACGACCCCGGGAGGAGGACAGUAAGGAGUCUCCACCCAUCACCGUCAACGUCACCACGUCCGCCUCCUACCCGGAGAACUUCUACCCAAUCUUCCUGCCGAUGGACCAGGCGUUCAAGGCUAAGUAUGUGUUCACCAACAAGAAGGGCAAGACCAUGAAGGAGAAGACCUACCUCUUCCUGGAGCAUCCCUGUGGCUGGUGCUGCUUCUUUUACCACUUCGUCGUGUUUAUGGCGGUGUUGAUCUGCCUCAUCUUCAGUGUCUUGUCCACCAUCAAUGAAUACGAGGAAUUCGCCAAUGAAACUCUUUUCUGGAUGGAGAUCUGCUUGGUCGUCUUCUUCGGUGUGGAGUACGCGGUUAGGAUGUGGGCCGCUGGGUGUCGCUCUAAAUACAUGGGCUUCUUAGGCAGAAUACGUUUUAUAAGGAAACCAAUUUGUAUUAUAGAUCUGAUAGUUGUGGUAGCGUCAGUGGUGGUUCUGUGUGUGGGGUCGAAUGGGCAGGUAUUCGCCACGUCGGCUAUCAGAGGGAUCCGCUUCCUGCAGAUACUACGCAUGUUGCACGUCGACAGACAGGGAGGCACCUGGAGACUCCUCGGCUCCGUCGUCUUUAUCCACAGACAAGAGUUGAUAACGACUCUGUAUAUUGGGUUCCUUGGCCUCAUCUUCUCGUCCUAUUUUGUGUACCUGGCUGAGAAGAAGGACGACGAAGAUGAAGAUGGCGAGGGGGACUUCUCUAGCUACGCCGAUGCCCUCUGGUGGGGAGUGAUAACUGUGACGACAAUAGGGUAUGGUGACACUGUGCCCAGGACGUGGAUGGGGAAGAUUGUUGCUUCAUGUUUCAGUGUGUUUGCCAUAUCGUUCUUUGCCCUGCCUGCCGGUAUCCUCGGCUCUGGGUUUGCUCUUAAAGUGCAACAGAAACAACGGCAGAAGCACUUCAACCGUCAGAUCCCAGCAGCUGCCAUGUUGAUCCAGUGUUUGUGGCGAUGUUACGCAGCAGACAAACACUUCAACUCAACAGCUACCUGGAAAAUUCACCUCAAAGAUCCAAACGCCAACAACAACUCACAAUCCACACCGCUAAGCAAGGAGAGUUCUCUGAAUACACCACUAAGCAAGAUGGCCAAGAGAGCAAGUGUGUUACGGAGAAGGAAAUCGAAAAGUAAGAUGGACGUGUCGUCAGCUCCAGAGAACUCAAGCAGAAGAGACAGUGAGGGCGACAUGGUGUUUUACGUGGAGGAGCCCAGGGCAGAGGAGGUGGCGCGGCGAUGGUCGUCCAUGGCUCGCCUGAGGGGCAUGCUCGGGUGUGUGUCGCCCAUCACGGAAAUCCCAGGGGCACCGCCCACCACCCACCUUGGCAACCCUGGGCGGGUCAGGGGAUUGUCUCGGUCACGCAGCUACGAGUGUACGGCAGGCACCCCCAACCGGACCCGUCGUGAGGGGGGGCCCAGAGGCUCGGCACUCCACAGCCAGGCGUCAUCGGUGACUGAGGUGGCCUCCGACGAAAUAGAUCUUGACAUUGAUGAGCCUCAGGGGUUUACCUCGACUCUCCUCCGCAGGCUGACUGAGGCUCAUCGUAAUGCCAUCAGGGCCAUCAGAAAGAUUAAAUACUUCGUAGCCCGGAGGAAAUUCCAACAGGCCAGAAAACCUUAUGAUGUGAGAGACGUUAUCGAACAGUACAGCCAAGGACACCUUAACAUGAUGGUCAGAAUCAAGGAACUUCAGCGUCGGCUUGACCAGACGUUGGGUAAACCUGGCAGUUAUCUCAGUGGCAUAGACAAGUCUGGAAAUGUCAAGCCCAUGACUAUUGGUGCAAGACUUUAUAGAGUUGAACAGCAGCUGGUGCUCCUAGACAAAAAGUUGGAUCAGAUGUUGUUUGUUUGCAACGCCUUGGCCCAGAAGACUCAGCUGCCAGAAAUACGAAAUUCAGACGACCACGUAUAGUACUGCCAGUCCAUCGUCUCCUCCUGUAUUAAAGACCUAGUCUGUCUAGAUUACCUUAUUCAGUUGGUUUAUUUCUCGCCUGGAAGACAAGUUUCACUGUGUAGAUGACUCGGACUUCAUCCUCUAGAGAGUGUGUGUUACAUGGACGUCAGACGCCGGGGUUCUGUCUUAAGUUAGAUGCUGUAAGAUUGAUUGUUCCCACUUCAUCAUUUGACGAAGAAAUUGCUGUAGUGUAUUUUUUGAAUGCUUUGUUGUGAUUCUGUAUUAAUAUUUUAUUAUUUCUAAAGUGGCUCCUAUGCUUCAAGGAAUCAAUAUUAUGAUUGUUGGUUAAGUUAGAACAUAUUGAAUAAAAUCUAUUCAGGACAUCAGUGAUUAUGUAAGUAAUUGUUAUAGUCUUUCACUUGGAAUGUGAGUUGUUGAGUAACUGUUUAUAAGAAUUAGUGACCAGUGAGAGUUCAGUAUCUGAGUUUUAAGUACAGAGGUCAAUUUUAAUUAUCAUAGGAUUACCUAAACUUAUCAUUGCAGUUUCAUGAAAAUUUAAAGCAGGGUUUGGUAGCUUGAGCUUAUGCAUCAUAGUCGAACAAGAAAUAUAUUUAUCACUUACAGAAAGAUUUAUGGUACUUCAGUGAGGCCCAAGUAUACUGUUGAACAUGACCAUCAAUGUUCCCGUGGCCAAAUGGACCAAAUGAUAUGACUUUUUGUCUUCAUUUAACCCAUUGAACUGUCACCUCUAAACAGACACAAAGUAAUACAAAAUAUAAAUGACUUUGUAGAUAAGUCAAUUACCGGGUAGUUAAUAAAUAAAUAAGAACAUAGAUAAUAGCCUCAUGACUUACUAUAUACCCAAAAGGACAUCUCAAUUAUGUGACACAGAAAUUUUGUGGGGUAGGCUAUACGUGUUGUUGACAUCCUGCGAAUGUUAAGUUACAUUUACAAGUACACUGUAUUCUCUCAACCCUAUACAAUGAAAGUGAGUAAGAAGAGUUAAUACGAAAGAUUUAAGACAGUUCUUCAAUGCAUAUCAUUCCUCAAUAAGAAAAAGUAUAGCAUAAAACUAAAAUGUAGCGUUAAUAUAUUUUUUUUAUGAGCGAGUGCUGCAUGUACUAGCCAUCAUUAAAUACUAAACUGGUGCAUUAAUUAACAACUCAAAAAUACCUGAGAUAACUCCAAAUCAAAGCUGAGUGAAAAAGUCCACUUAGAAAUGUAUCCACCAGAAUCAUUCGUUAUAUCGGCUGUCAUGCAUACAUCAGACAAGUCAGGUGUAAGCCAGCCAGUCAUGCAUAUGUCAGACAUGUCAUGCAUACAUUAGCCAAUUGUGCAAAACCUGGAUAUUGAUUGAUUUUUCAGAUUCAAGUCAACAUUGUUUGAUAGUUAUUUCAAAGAGGAAGAUUUUUAUAUUAAAUGCAAACAGAUAUAAUUCGAGGAGCCUCAGGGGACAACUUUUGAGGUGAUGAAACUGAUAAUAAAUGUCCUGUCCGUGUAUAUUCUUCCCUUCAGUACUUGUAUAUUCUUCCUUUCAGUAUAUUCUUCCCUUCAGUAUAUUCUUCCCUUCAGUAUAUUCUUCCUUUCAGUAUAUUCUUCCCUUCAGUAUAUUCUUCCCUUCAGUAUAUUCUUCCCUUCAAUAUAUU